AUGGAUGAAAGGCAGAUGGAGGAUAAGCGCACCGCGCGGAAGCGGCGGUGGGCGGAGAGACAGGAACGGUCUCGGUUAAAUCGAUCUGAGGGUGAGGCAUUACGUAAACAGCGCCAGGAGUUGCGUGCGGCGCUGGAUGCUGUGGAUGAAGGGAAACAAGAACUGGCGGAACAAAUAUCGUACACGCGUUUUGAUCAAUUGCCUCUGUCGCAGCGGACACAACUUGGCUUGGAGCGUGGCGGAUAUAAGCUCCUGACGCCAAUUCAGAGUGAUGCAUUACACUUAGCGCUUGCAGGCUAUGACGUCCUUGGGGCCGCCCGCACAGGUUCUGGUAAGACAUUAUGUUUUAUAGUUCCUCUGUUAGAACUCCUGUAUGUGGAACAAUGGGAGGCGGAGAUGGGUAUUGGUGCCCUUGUGCUUAGUCCAACGCGUGAACUGGCAUUGCAAAUAUUUAAGGUGCUACAACUUGUAGGUUAUAAGCACGUAAUGUCCGCCGCGCUUUUGACCGGUGGUCGCGAUGUGAAUGAGGAGCGGAAGCGUGUUUCCGCCAUAAGUAUCAUCGUUGGGACUCCGGGUCGUGUAUUGCACCACCUUGAGGAUGACGAUAGCCUUGUGACUGAUAAUCUUCAAAUGCUUGUUAUGGACGAAGCUGAUCGGCUGCUUGACAUGGGGUUCCGCGAGGUGCUGAGUGGCAUUCUCAAGCAACUUCCAACGCAGCGUCAGACUUUGAUGUUCUCGGCGACACAAACAACGGAUGUGCAAAUGCUCGGGCAGAUGUCUCUGCGGAAUCAACGGUACGUGUCGGCGCAUGCUGAGUGCGCCGCCCCAACCCCAUCCACACUUUGUCAGAACUUCGUCGUUGUGGAACUGCAUCGCAAGUUGGACGUACUGCUGCUCUUCCUGAAGCGCCACCCGAAUGACAAGUUUGUUGUGUUCGUCAGUACGUGCAACCAAGUGCGGUACAUGUAUCUCGCCUUCGCUAAAAUACUGAAGAAGAUGCACCUGCCAUGUAUGUGCCUUACUAGUAAAAUGAAACAGUUCCGCCGUGAAGAGGUAUUCCUCACGUUCUGUCGUUGCAAGAAUGCGGUCCUGUUUUGCACCGAUGUCGCAGCACGUGGGCUUGAUUUCCCACUUAUUCACUGGUCUGUGCAGUUCGAUUGUCCAGACAGCGCUCAAACUUAUAUUCAUCGAGCAGGUCGUACGGCGCGGGCGGGUGCUCGGGGCGUCAGUCUACUUUUCCUAACCCCGCGGGAGGUACCAAUGCUGUCCUUUUUGGCCCACAAGCACAUUCCACUACGGGAGAUUGCGGUACGUCCCCAAAUGCUCCGGGAAUCGAAGGAGAUAUUUGUUGCACUCGUAGUACAGGGCCUCAAGUAUGAGGCCCAGAAGGCAUUUAUUGCUUAUCUACGCUCUGUGUACUUUGCAGCGAAUAAACUUGUUUUUGAUGUGAAAUCUAUCGAUGUAGCACCAUUUGCCCAUUCCCUUGGUUUGAUGAAGGUUCCGGACAUGUCAGAGUUGGGGAAUUUGCAGCGGGGAGCGAAGAAUCUUCCGUGGGAUGUUGUUAACUUCAUGGCGAAACGUGACGCGAAAGAGGUAGCAGAUGCAAAGUCACGACGUGAAAGGCACUUGACUGCCUCCGACAUGUUCCGCACGCUUCAACAGAAACAGCGGUAUGCAACAACCGACAGCACGGAUGUUGAUUUAGCUGCCGAUGCAAACAUCAACGGAGAAGACGAAGAGAAAAAUGACCCUUUUCUAGUCAAAAAGCCGCACGAAAAAGGCAACGAGGAUCAUCUGGAUGAAGGGAUGCAGUUGACAUUUACCGAACGAAUGGCAGGGCUUUCUAAACGCAAGGUUCGGAAGUAUAUUGAGUCUGCUGACCUUCGUGUGCGUGACCUUGGCCUCAGUAAGAGAGUUGUCUACGAUGAGGAUGACGAUGCGGAAGAGGAUGAAAUCAAUAUGCGCGUAGCAAAUGAAGGGCAAGACAUCAGUAUUAAUGUCGAAGGUGGCAGUGGAAGUGAUAAUGACCUUGGCGACGUGCCCGAGAAAUUUGCUGAACGGUUAAGACAACGCGUUACACAAGACUCCGCUGCAGAUAAUGAGCGAGCAAAGAAACUUCGUCGCCUUCGACGUCUUCAGCGUAGUGGAAAGAUUUCACGCAAAACGGCUCUUGAAGACAUCAGCGCACCAAAGGGAACGACAGAUGCAGUGGACAGUGACGAUCAUACAGAUGACAACAGCCCUCAACAGAGCAGCAACGACUAUGACGAUGGAGACAUCAGCGUACACAGCUCUGACUCCUUCACACGUCUUAUCAAGGCAGCAAAGGGAGAACUAUUCUCAGACAAUGAAGAUGAAGACAUCAGCAGUAGCGACAACGGCAACUUCGAAACGGAAAAGAAAAAGAAGAAAAAAAUAAAAAAGAAAAAAGAAGAAAAACGUUUAAAAAAAAUAAAAAAUAAUCCCACCCCACAAAAAAGUAAAUAA